GGGGCAGGGAGGCGGUGAGGAGGGAGCGCGGCUGCCCUGUGAGCACGGGCGCCCCUGCCCCUCCCGCCCCCUCACCGGCCCGGGAACGGGGCGCAGCUCGGCGGAGUCGGCGGAGGAGCCGCGGCGGCGCUGGCGGGGGCAGAGGAAGGCGCACAGUUCUGUUGGGAGAAUCCAUUACUGCACAUAGGAAGCAGUUUUGAAAGAAGGGCUGAGGGCAGCCCAGGAUGGCCGAAGCUUCCUAUGAUCAAUUAUUAAAGCAAGUUGAGGCAUUAAAGAUGGAGAACUCCAACCUUCGGCAGGAGCUAGAGGAUAACUCAAAUCACCUGACAAAACUGGAAACCGAGGCGUCCAAUAUGAAGGAGGUACUGAAACAGCUACAAGGAAGUAUUGAAGAUGAGACAAUGGCAUCUUCUGGACAAAUAGACUUACUGGAACGACUUAAAGAACUGAACUUGGAAGGUACCAACUUCCCUGGAGUCAAGUUAAGGCCAAAGGUGUCUGUGCGUUCCUAUGGGAGCCGGGAAGGGUCUGUAUCGAGCCGUUCAGGAGAGUGCAGUCCAGUUCCCAUGGGGUCGUUUCCAAGAAGAGGCUUUAUGAAUGGAAGCAGAGAAAGCACUGGUUAUUUAGAAGAGCUAGAAAAAGAGAGAUCUCUUUUGCUUGCGGAGCUUGAGAAGGAAGAGAAAGAAAAGGACUGGUAUUAUGCCCAGCUUCAGAACUUGACUAAAAGGAUUGAUAGUCUUCCCCUUACUGAAAAUUUCUCCUUGCAAACAGAUAUGACUAGAAGGCAGUUGGAGUAUGAGGCAAGACAAAUUAGAGCUGCAAUGGAAGAACAGUUGGGUACCUGUCAGGACAUGGAGAAGCGAGCACAGGCAAGGGUGGCGAGAAUUCAACAAAUAGAAAAGGACAUUCUUCGCAUACGACAGCUCCUGCAGUCACAAACAGCUGAUGCAGAGAGAGCACCUCAAAGCAAGCAUGAUGCAGGUUCCCAUGAUACAGAGAGGCAGAAUGAAGGUCAAGGAGCAGCAGAAAUCAGCGCAGCAGCUAGCAGUACUGGUCAGGGUUCUGCUGCUCGAAUGGACCACGAAACAGCCAGUGUUAUGAGCUCUAGUAGUAACUAUUCUGUUCCUCGCAGACUGACAAGUCAUCUGGGUACCAAGGUAACCGAAGAUUACAAACCACAGGUGGAAAUGGUGUAUUCAUUGUUAUCAAUGCUUGGUACUCAUGAUAAAGAUGACAUGUCAAGAACAUUGCUAGCAAUGUCUAGCUCCCAGGACAGCUGCAUAGCCAUGCGUCAGUCUGGAUGUCUUCCUCUCCUCAUCCAGCUUUUACAUGGCAACGAUAAAGACUCUGUCUUGUUAGGAAACUCUCGUGGUAGUAAAGAGGCCCGUGCCAGAGCCAGCGCUGCACUGCAUAACAUCAUUCACUCCCAGCCUGAUGAUAAGCGAGGCAGACGGGAAAUCCGUGUGCUCCAUCUUUUGGAGCAGAUCCGUGCUUACUGUGAAACGUGUUGGGAAUGGCAGGAGGCACAUGAACAAGGCAUGGACCAGGACAAAAACCCAAUGCCUGCUCCAGUGGAUCAUCAGAUCUGUCCUGCAGUGUGUGUUCUGAUGAAACUCUCAUUUGACGAAGAACACAGGCAUGCAAUGAAUGAGCUUGGAGGUUUGCAGGCCAUCGCUGAACUGUUGCAAGUGGAUUGUGAAAUGUAUGGACUCACAAAUGAUCACUAUAGUGUUACCUUGAGGAGGUAUGCUGGAAUGGCUCUGACAAACUUGACUUUUGGAGAUGUGGCAAACAAGGCUACAUUAUGUUCCAUGAAGGGCUGCAUGAGAGCUCUUGUAGCCCAACUGAAAUCUGAAAGUGAAGACUUACAGCAGGUCAUUGCAAGUGUGUUGAGGAAUUUGUCCUGGCGAGCAGAUGUGAACAGUAAAAAGACUCUCAGAGAAGUUGGAAGUGUGAAAGCAUUGAUGGAAUGUGCUUUAGAAGUUAAGAAGGAAUCCACCCUGAAAAGUGUUCUGAGUGCCUUAUGGAAUCUAUCAGCACACUGUACUGGGAACAAAGCUGAUAUAUGUGCUGUCGAUGGUGCUCUUGCAUUUCUGGUCGGCACACUGACGUACCGGAGCCAAACAAACACUUUAGCCAUCAUAGAAAGCGGAGGAGGAAUAUUAAGAAAUGUUUCUAGUUUAAUUGCUACUAAUGAGGACCAUAGGCAAAUCUUGCGGGAGAACAGCUGCCUACAAACCUUGUUACAACACUUGAAGUCACACAGUUUGACAAUAGUUAGUAAUGCGUGUGGGACCCUGUGGAAUCUUUCUGCACGAAAUGCAAAGGAUCAGGAGGCGCUGUGGGACAUGGGAGCCGUCAGUAUGCUAAAAAAUCUCAUCCACUCAAAACACAAAAUGAUAGCCAUGGGUAGUGCCGCGGCCCUGAGAAACCUCAUGGCAAACAGGCCGGCCAAAUAUAAGGAUGCCAACAUUAUGUCUCCGGGAUCAAGCUUGCCAUCUCUUCAUGUCAGAAAACAAAAGGCACUGGAAGCAGAAUUAGAUGCUCAGCAUUUAUCAGAGACUUUUGACAACAUUGAUAAUUUAAGCCCGAAAGCUUCUCACCGUAAUAAGCAGAGACAUAAGCAAAAUAUAUACAGCGAGUAUGUCCUGGAUGCCAGUCGCCAUGAUGAUGGUGUGUGCAGAUCAGAGAGUUUUAAUGCUGGUAACAUGACUGUGCUUUCACCAUAUGUAAAUACUGCAGUAUUGCCUGGAUCCUCCUCUUCCAGUAGAGGAAACACAGAAAGUUCUCGAUCUGAGAAAGACAGAAGCGUUGACAGGGAUCGAACAGUAGGUUUGAACACCUAUCAUCCAGCUGCAGAGAGUACUGGAAACUCCUCUAAGAGAUUAGGAAUGCAGAUUUCUACUGCUGCAGCUCAGAUUGCCAAAGUUAUGGAAGAAGUAACAAGCAUGCACAUUCCACAAGAAGACAGAAGUUCUGGUUCCACUUCUGAAAUGCACAGUUUGACUGAAGACAGAAAUGCCCCAAGGAGAUCAACCACUGCCCAUACUCACUCAAAUACAUACUUCCCUAAAUCUGAGAAUUCAAACAGGACGUGUCCUGUGCCUUACACAAAAAUGGAAUACAAAAGAGCUUCAAAUGAUAGUUUAAAUAGUGUGAGCAGCAGUGAUGGCUAUGGCAAAAGAGGCCAAAUGAAACCUUCCAUUGAAUCCUACUCCGAAGAUGAUGAAAGUAAAUUCUGUAGUUACGGUCAAUAUCCGGCUGACUUGGCACACAAGAUUCACAGUGCAAAUCAUAUGGAUGACAAUGAUGGAGAACUAGACACUCCUAUUAAUUAUAGUCUUAAAUACUCAGAUGAACAGUUAAAUUCUGGAAGGCAGAGUCCCUCUCAGAAUGAAAGAUGGGCAAGGCCUAAGCAUGUAAUAGAUGAUGAAAUGAAACAAAAUGACCAACGGCAGUCAAGAAGCCAAAAUGCAACCUACCCCGUGUACACUGAAAGUGGAGAUGAUAAACACAUGAAAUAUCAGUCACCUUUUGGACAGCAGGAGUGUGUUUCUUCCUUUAGAUCAAGAGGAUCCAGUGGUUCAGAUCAGAACAGAGUAGGCCCAGCUCUUGGAAUGAAUCAGAAAGUAAACCAGUCCUUGUGCCAGGUUGAUGAUUAUGAUGAUGACAAGCCAACCAACUAUAGUGAACGUUACUCUGAGGAGGAACAGCAUGAAGAGGAAGACAGACCAACUAAUUAUAGCAUAAAGUACAAUGAAGAGGAGCAUCAUGUUGAUCAGCCUAUUGAUUAUAGUUUAAAAUACUCAACAGAAGUUCCACCGCCUUCUCAGAAGCCAUCUUUUACUUUUCCAAAGACGACUUCUGUGCAACUCACUAAAACUGACCAUAUUCCCUCAAGUAGUGGGAGCACAUCAACUCCCUCAACUGGUCCAAAGAGACAGACCCAGCUCCACCCAAGUUCUGCACAGAGCAGAAGUGGUCAUGCACAGAAGACCUCCUCCUGUAAGACUCCCUCUAUUAACCAGGAAACCAUACAAACCUACUGUGUGGAAGAUACCCCAAUAUGCUUUUCAAGGUGUAGCUCUUUGUCAUCUUUGUCAUCAGCUGAAGAUGAAAUAGGGCGUGAUCAAUCUACACGUGGUACAGAUGCAAAUAACACCCUACAGAUCACAGAACUAAAGGAAAACAAUGCGGCUCUGCCUACAGAAGGUGCAGUAAGUGAAAUCACAUCUACAUCACAACACACCAGGACAAAAUCCAGUAGACUUCAGACUUCUAGCUUGUCUCCUUCUGAUUCCUCUAGACAUAAAGCUGUUGAAUUUUCUUCAGGUGCCAAAUCUCCCUCAAAGAGUGGUGCGCAAACUCCUAAAAGCCCGCCAGAACAUUAUGUACAGGAAACACCUCUCAUGUUCAGUAGAUGUACCUCUGUUAGCUCCCUGGAUAGUUUUGAAAGCCGUUCAAUUGCCAGCUCUGUUCAAAGUGAGCCUUGCAGUGGAAUAGUAAGUGGUAUUAUAAGUCCCAGUGACCUUCCAGACAGCCCUGGACAAACGAUGCCUCCAAGCAGAAGUAAAACGCCACCGCCUGCUCAAGGGGUUCAAGUGAAAAGAGAUGUACCUAAGGGAAAGGUACAUAGUACAGAGAAGAGGGAGCCUGGUCCUAGACAGGCAGCUGUAAAUGCAGCUGUUCAGAGAGUUCAGGUACUGCCAGAUGCUGAUACACUAUUACAUUUUGCCACAGAAAGCACACCGGAUGGGUUUUCCUGCUCUUCCAGCCUGAGUGCUCUGAGCCUAGAUGAGCCAUUUAUACAGAAAGAUGCAGAGUUGAGAAUAAUGCCUCCGGUUCAUGAAAAUGACCAUGGAAAUGAGACGGAGCCUGAACAGUCAGAUGAUACAAAGGAUAAUGAAGAGAAGAAGGCAGAGAAGCCUGCUGAAGCAGAAAAAGACAUUCUGGAUGAUUCCGAUGAUGAUAUUGAAAUACUGGAAGCAUGUAUUAUUUCUGCAAUGCCAACAAAGUCUUCACGUAAAGCCAAAAAGCCUUCUCAAGCAUCUGCUCCAAAAAUACCUCCUCCUGUAGCCAGAAAACCCAGCCAGUUGCCAGUUUACAAACUUCUGCCUUCACAAAGCAGACUGCAGUCACAAAAGCAUGUGAGUUUUACACCAGGAGAUGAUAUGCCACGGGUGUACUGUGUUGAGGGGACACCAAUAAACUUCUCUACAGCUACAUCUCUGAGUGAUCUCACAAUAGAGUCGCCACCGAGUGAGUUGGCCAAUGUAGACAGUGUGGGUGUGGGAGCAGAGUCAGGGGAGUUUGAAAAGCGGGACACCAUUCCCACAGAAGGCAGAAGUACCGAUGAUGCUCAGAGAGCAAAAAGCUCAGCUGUGGCUUCUCCAGGCCUGGAUGAUGACAAAACAGAAGAGGGUGAUAUUCUGGCUGAGUGCAUUAACUCGGCUAUGCCAAAAGGAAAAAGUCACAAACCUUUCAGAGUGAAGAAGAUAAUGGAUCAAAUUCAACAAGCUUCUUCAUCUCUGAGUAAUAAAAACCAACCAGAAGGUGAGAAAAAGAAGCCAACAUCACCAGUAAAGCCUGUUCCCCAAAAUAACGAAUACAGAGCACGCAUAAGAAAAAGCACUGAGCCUAAAAGCAAUGUGAGUAAUGAAAGAGGCUACCCAGAGAACAGAGAUGCAAAGAAACAGAACCUUAAAAAUAAUUCAAGAGACUUUCAUGACAAAUUGCCAAAUAAUGAAGAACGUGUAAGAGGAAGCUUUGCAUUUGAUUCCCCUCAUCAUUACACACCUAUUGAAGGAACUCCUUACUGUUUUUCACGGAAUGAUUCCCUGAGUUCUUUAGAUUUUGAUGAUGAUGAUGUUGACCUUUCAAGGGAGAAGGCAGAGUUAAGAAAAGGAAAAGAAGCAAAGGAAAUGGAAAGUAAAGACUGCUCUAACGCAGAACAGCCUUCAAAUCAGCAGCCAAGUAACAGGACUCAAGUUUGUCAGAAACACCCAGCAGGCAGAAGCCAGCCUAAAGCUUUCUCUCAGUCAACUAAAGAUAUUCCAGACAGAGGGGCAGCUACAGAUGAGAAAAUGCAGAAUUUUGCUAUUGAAAACACACCUGUUUGUUUUUCCCGCAAUUCAUCUCUUAGUUCCCUCAGUGAUAUUGAUCAAGAAAACAAUAACAACAAAGAAGGGGAACCUGCGAAACGUACCGAGGCUCCUGAUUCCCAAAUAGAAUCCAACAGACCACAGACUUCUGGUUACGCCCCUAAAUCAUUCCAUGUUGAAGAUACUCCUGUGUGUUUCUCUAGAAACAGCUCUCUGAGUUCCCUUAGCAUUGACUCGGAAGAUGAUCUUUUGCAGGAAUGCAUUAGUUCUGCUAUGCCUAAAAAGAAAAAGCCCUCAAGAAUGAAGGGUGAAAGUGAAAAGAAUAAUUCCAGAAAUACUGGUGGCGUACUCGCAGAAGAUUUAACACUGGAUUUGAGAGAGAUACAGAGGCCAGAUUCAGAACAUGGUUUUUCACCUGAUUCAGAGAACUUUGAUUGGAAAGCUAUACAAGAAGGUGCAAAUUCUAUAGUCAGUAGCUUGCAUCAAGCUGCAGCUGCUGCAUCACUGUCUAGACAAGCUUCAUCAGACUCUGAUUCUAUUCUUUCAUUAAAAUCUGGUAUUUCUCUAGGGUCACCAUUUCAUCUUACUCCAGACCAAGAAGAAAAGCCCUUCACUAGCAAUAAAGGUCCAAGAAUUAUUAAGCCAGGAGAGAAGAGUACACUGGAGUCUAAAAAAGUAGAGUCAGAAAGCAGGGGAAUCAAAGGAGGGAAGAAGGUGUAUAAAAGUAUAAUCACAGGAAAAGCUCGCUCCAGUUCUGAAGUUUCAAGCCAGUUGAAGCAACCACAACAGACAAGUGUGCCUUCAAUUUCACGUGGUAGAACAAUGAUCCAUAUUCCAGGAGUUCGAAAUAGUUCUUCAAGUACUAGUCCUGUUUCCAAAAAAGGGCCCCCACUCAAAAACAUGAACUCCAAGAGUCCCAGUGAAGGCCAGAGUUUGACUAGUUCUCCAAGAGGAGCCAAGUCAUCAGUGAAACCUGAGCCAGCUCCCGUAACGAGGCAGCCAUCGGGACUGAAUCAGAGUGGAUCCAGUAAAGGACCGUCUAGAUCAGGGUCUAGAGACUCCACUCCUUCCAGACCUCAGCAGCAGCCAUUAAGCAGGCCUCUGCAGUCUCCUGGGCGAAACUCCAUUUCCCCAGGAAGAAAUGGUAUAAGUCCUCCCAACAAACUGUCACAGUUGCCAAGAACAUCAUCUCCUAGCACAGCUUCAACUAAAUCCUCAAGUUCAGGCAGAAUGUCAUACACACCACCGGGCAGGCAGAUGAGCCAGCAGAACCUUACAAAGCAAACUGCCUUACCUAAGAGCACCAGUAGCAUUCCACGAAGUGAGUCUGCUUCAAAAGGGUUAAACCAGGCUCUCGGCACUGGUGGAUCAAACAAAAAGACUGAUCUAUCCAGAAUGUCAUCCACAAAAUCUAGUGGAAGUGAAUCUGACAGGUCUGAGAGACCUGUUCUCGUUCGUCAGUCAACUUUUAUUAAAGAAGCUCCAAGCCCAACUCUGAGACGGAAGUUAGAAGAGUCAGCUUCAUUUGAAUCCCUGUCUCCUUCCAGGCCAGAUUCUCCCACGAGGUCCCAACUACAGACCCCAGUUCUGAGUCCAUCUCUUCCUGAUAUGUCUUUAUCCACUCACUCAGCUGCCCAGACUGGUGGUUGGCGAAAAUUAGCCCCCAGUCAGAGCCCUUCUGCAGAAUAUGAUGGGAGACCAGCCAAGCGUCACGACAUAGCUCGUUCUCAUUCCGAAAGUCCAUCUAGACUACUGAUCAAUAGAUCAGGAACAUGGAAGCGUGAGCACAGUAAGCAUUCCUCAUCCCUCCCCCGUGUAAGCACUUGGCGAAGAACUGGAAGUUCCUCCUCGAUUCUCUCAGCUUCCUCAGAGUCCAGUGAAAAGGCAAAAAGUGAAGAUGAGAAGCAACAUGGAAGUUCUCUUCCUGGACACAAGCAAAAUAAAGAAAGCCAAGCACCAGCAAAAGGUACUUGGAGAAAAAUAAAAGAAAAUGAAAUUCCUCAGAUAAUGAACGAUCCUUCCUCAGGUGCCGCAAAUGGCUCCGAGUCUAAAACUCUCAUCUACCAGAUGGCACCAGCUGUCUCUAAGACGGAGGACGUAUGGGUGAGGAUAGAGGACUGCCCAAUUAACAACCCUCGAUCUGGAAGGUCCCCAACUGGAAAUACUCCCCCCGUUAUUGACAGCGUUUCAGAGAAAGGGGGUGUGAAUGGUAAAGACCCUAAAGAGAUUCAAGAAAAGCAAACCCCAGGGAGUGGAGGUGUUCCUGUUCGUACCGUUGGCUUAGAAAACCGUCUGAACUCUUUCUUUCAGAUAGACAGUCCAGACAAGAAAGGCAGUGAAACAAAGCCUCUGCAGAAUAAUCCUGCUCCUGCACCAGAAAUUAGUGAAAGUACUGUAAGUGAGCGCACACCCUUCAGUUCCAGUAGUUCAAGCAAGCACAGCUCCCCCAUUGGUGCUGUGGCAGCAAGGGUGACUCCCUUCAACUACAACCCAAGCCGCAGGAAGAGCAGCGUGGACAAUAGUUCUGCUCGGCCCUCACAGAUCCCAACUCCAGUGAACAACAGCACCAAGAAACGUGACACCAAGUCUGAGAACGCAGACUCCAGUGGAACCCAAAGCCCUAAACGUCACUCUGGCUCUUACCUGGUAACUUCUGUUUAAGUGCAACAAAAGUUAAAUAGAACUGUAUUAUAUACAGCAGCUACUUAGAAACUUUGUUUCGAAUGAAACAAGAAAAAAUGGGGAUUGAUUUUUUUUUUCCUGUUGUUUUUAUUUGUUGUAAAUAGCUUUGAUUCUUGUUAGAUGGUCCUUGUUCUGGAAGCCAUAUUUGAUAGUAUACUUUGUCUUCACUGGUAAUAUUUUGCAGGAAUACCUGAUUGACAGUUUGGAAUAAAAUUGCUAACACAAGUAUAUUUGUAUAGUAUGUUUAACAUGUAUUAGCAUCCCAUCCCAUAAUCCUUUGAAUAUUGCUUGUCAUUGAAGUCAUGGAAUAGUGCAGAUAGAGGAGAUACAGUCAUACUGCUUUAUCAAUAAUUUCUAGGUUACACACCGACUAAACUACAUCAGGGAAGAAUUGGUAUUAUUUAUGCAAAAAAAAUAUAGUCAUUUUAGUAUUUGUGAGUCCAUCUAACCCAAUAAUUAAUCAUGUGGCUGUGAAAUUCACAGUAAUAUGGUUUCCGCUGAACAAGCUUUCCUAGCCUGCUUUUCUGCAUGAAUGGAACUGAUGGUUCAUUUUAUGAAGUAAUGAUUAACAUUUCUGUGGUCACAUAAUGUGCAUAGAUAGUUAUGGUGUAACCAUUUACACUUUCUUUGUGCUCUGAAAAAAAAAAAAAAAAAACCAAACAAAAAAACAACUGUGUAACUGUAAAACCUUGAACAAAAAUAUUUUAUCUGAUUUUAUCUUAAAGUAGGUAGAAUUUUUUUGCUAUGCUGUAACUUGUUGUAUAUUCUGGUAUUUGAGGUGAGAUGGCUGCUCUUUUAUUAAUGAGACGUGGGUCAUGUCUCAACAGAGACUAAAAUGAACAUUUCAGAAUAAAUUAUUACUAUAUGUAAGUUUUGUGUGUUACUUCUGCAUUACAUAAAAAUACAGUGUUUUAUUUUGAGAUGUCACCAUAUAAUGUGUUGUAUAAUGCACUUACACUUAAGGCCUGAUCCAGUAGAAUUCUGCACCUCCAAUAUUUGUUCUUCCUUAUCACUGACAAUGGCUGUUGUAGGAUGCUUUUAACCGCUAUGGGAUCAGGCCCUAGGUCUUCUGUAAUAUAUUUGUAAUUGAGACAGUUUCACACAUCUCAGGUGCAUAACAAGGCUAAAGGCAGGGUAUUUCCAGUAGCCAAGCAGUAUAAUUGUUCUCACGACUGCAAGCCUGAAACAAUAUUGUAUCUAUAAAAAUAAUAUUUGUAAAACAAAAGUUUUUUAAUUGGGGAUAUAAUGUAGAAUGUGAAAUAGUGACUAUAAGAUAAAAUUUAAUUGUAUUUGCUAUCUUUAUGCUUUUUUGUUUAAUUUAUUUUUUAAGAAUUAUGAACAGGAAAAUAUUGCAAGAAUCCCAUAGCAGCAAGAAAUUUGUUAUCUUAGUAGAAAAAUAAUUAUGCACAAACAGGGCAUUUGCUGCCUCAAGCCUUUUUGAUGCAAAUAUAGAUUGUGCUAGAACAAUGCUGAAAAAAACAGAUUUGUGCUUUAAAAAUACAGUCUGAAUUUGGAUGAAAAUUGGUUUAAACUACAAACGUGACAGAACAGAACAUUAACCAUUCUGUGCAUUUUUGAAAAAAACAUGAAAUGGUUUGUUAGUUUUGUUGUAUCUCAACUGGACUGUUCUAAAAUUAGCUUUCUAAAUACUGAAUAUUUAGAACUCAGAAUGCCCUGAUUUCAGGAAGCCCUGAAACAGAGCAAUUUACCUUUAUGGUAGCUUUAACACAGUUGCAGAGUGUAUCACUUCUGUGGCUUUUGUACUUCUGAUAUUCAAAUGAGUCAGUUGAACUCACUCUAAGACGUGCUGAUUUAUGAGUAGAAUCAAGAUACUAUCAGCAGACAGAAGUCAGUUUAUAUAAAAGCCAAUACCAAAAAUACCUGUUGGGCAGAAGUGGUAUCUUACUUGCUCUUUUGUUCUUUGCUUCCUGUGAGAUUUGUUUAGAGACAUGCCAUGUUCUUAUAUCACCUGGUGAACCUGUUAACAAGCAGCAAUCCUCGUGUUAGCAUUUGAAAUAUUUUGCAUAUGGUAUCUUCACAAAGCUUCUAAUAUGAAUAUUGGUGUCCUGUUAAAGAUGAUACAGAGACAGAUUGUGUGAUGUGUUCCAAGUCAGGACUUCCUGUUGGAGUAGAAUACAAAUAUUUGAGUUUUAAAUGAAAGACCACUUUUCUUGUCAAUUAUGUGAUACUUUUUUUGUGCUGGGCUUUUAACGACUAACACAAAAAUACACCACAUAAUCCAGAAUAGUUGUUUAACACCGGCAUUACCUAUUUGUCCUGUCAGUUUAAGAAUUAAAGGUAAACUCGGUCUCAGUAAAGAAAUACUGAUUUCAGUUCAGUAACUGAAAAAUUACUGAAAUCAGUUUUUUAAUCAGAAGGUGAAACCAUAAGUAAUUGCAUGCGUAUCAAACACCAGAAUGUCUUUGAAAAUUGUAGUGGCUUCUCGAGAUAGUCAUGGGGAUACUUCAUGAUCAUUAUAAUUGGGAAGUUUCUCUUAGUAUCCUCAUAAGUAACCUAUAUUUGUAGCAAAGAUGGGCUAGAGAAACUUUCCAACUAUAAGGGUAGUGAUACACGAAAAUAUGCUUCCCAUGGGAGUUGUUAAAUUUCCAUUAUAGAAGUUUUAAGGAGAGGUUUAUGAAACAUCUCAUAGGGAUGGACUGUAGUAUAUUUCAUAUUGCCUGUGUGCAGAGAUGGGCUUAGGUGAUCUUUUGAAAUCUCUUCCAAAUCUACAUUUCUCUGAUUCUUUAUCUAAAAUACUUAGUAUCCACUAAGAGCCUUUCAGAAUAUUUAAAGACAUCCAUGAUGUUUGAUUUAUGAUGGGGAUAUAAAUUUCUAUUCUAAGCUAAACUAUAAAAACAGAUCCCAGAAAUAUAAAAUCAAAACCAAGAAAAAUUAUUACAGUAAGUAUAUUUGGUCUAGGAUUUUUUUUUUUUUUUUUAAUUAUUUCUAGAUUCAUGAUAGAUUUAAUUUAUGCUGCUAAAGAUUUAUUCUUGUUCUUGGUUUCAUUUGUAAGAAGUUGCCACAGCCGGUAAGAGGACAUCAUUUAUGUCAAGGCAAAACAAAAGGAGCUAAGGAAACCAAGACUCAAUUUACUGUUCUUCUGGGAUGCACUGCCUUUCUUUCUACCAAUUUUGGGUAGAACUUUUUGUGACUUGUGCUCAGACUUUUAGUUAGUCUUUGAAUUCGUUUAUCAUAUCCAGAACAUACCAAACUUGUACUUAAAAAUCAGUUUAUAUUGAAAAGUAACUCAUAAAGCUCAUUUCAGACUGUCUUACAGCUUUGUCCUCUUGACGUGAAAAGCGGAAAUAUGACCUCCCCACAGUUUGUAAUUAGUCACUUUUUAAAACGUACCUCCAUUUUAGUUUCUUGCAGUGUGCCACAGUUGAGGUUACUGCUCAGUUUCUGUGAAAGGUCUUCUGACUAAUAUUGCCAACUUUAAAGAGGAACUAAUCUAGUUCUGGUUUUCAUGUGCACUUCUCUAUCAAGUAUUUUCCCCUGAAAGCUUAAAAAUAAUCCUGAAAACUCUGUCAGAUAUGACAGCUUAAAAAUUGAAAGCCUUGCCACAGUUUCCUGAUGAGAUUUAAAUAUUGUUUCAAGCAGGAUUUGGCUGCAGAAUACAAGUAAAGUUUAAGCUAUAAACUUCAGUAAGCCAAGUAUUCUUCAACAUAGACUAAUACCUUUGAUGGCUAUGGGAAAUUGGCUGCUGUAUCUUCUUUGGUGGAAGAGGAGGGAAAGAAAAGGGAUGGUUUUAGAGAUAGUCAUGUUGUCCUAGGGAUGUACUUCCCUGUGUUCCUUAGUAAAUUGCAUAAGCUGCACCAAAGAGAGAACAGCUUGUGCACAAAUUAAUGAAGUUUUAUUUUGAAAGUAUACCAGUAGACCAUGAAACUGCAAAACCUUUGGUUAUCUGACAACUGACUUAUUUGAUGGCUGGUAUUUCAUAGCUGUCCAUCCCCCUGUCCCCUUAACAGAAGUGGGUAUUACCAAGGAGAUAAGUGUAUUAGUGUCUUUAUUCUUAAAGAUAGAGAUCCAUGCUAUUUCUAGAAUUGGAGGAAUGGGAUGUGCUGUUGAAAGAAGUUUUCUUCUCCAUUGCAUGCUCUUGGCUGUGAAUCCUGGCUCUCAUGUGACCUCUCAGGAGACUUGCUCACUUCUUACCUCCCCCCCAAUGGAGGCAGUAAGAUUAGAGCUGCAUUUAGUAUGAAUUUACUCAUUGCUUAGUUGGACAAGUGCCAUCUGAGCCAGCAGAAAAAAAAUUACCAGCUAGGGCUGGUUGAAAGAGGUUGGAAUGGUUUCUUUUAUGCAUGGUCAGUGGGUUGGAUCAAGCCAUGGCAGGCAAUUCUAAGCCAGUUGCAGAACUUCACCCUUUUUGACACAGCAAAAGCAAGUUGAAGUUGGAUUUUUUUUUUAAACUCUGAACUUCUACCUAAUGGCCCCUAGUACUUUGCAUUUAAAUACGUGACCUUUGGGUAAGUUCUUUUUCCUGGACAUUCUGACAACUGACUUCAGAAGUAUUACAUAAGUGUAUAGAUGUGGGAAAGAAAUAUUUCUUCAUCAGAAAUAUCCGAAGAAAAGAAAGAGUCUACCAUAUGUAGAAUUCCAGGGGACAGUUUUUAGAUUUGCAGUACUGAAUCCAAUGUAGUAAAUCCUUCCAGUAAAAAGAUUAAUUGCAAAUACUUGUUUUCUAGAGGGGGCUUGAAGAGGGAGAACAUCUCCAUUCCUUGAUGAGGUCAGUAUUACUUGUAGGCAUCCCUACAAGUAAUUCCCAUCUGGAAAAUGCUUAGGUGGACUCCCCUUACAAGCUCUUCAACAAUCCUGUUGUUACUAGAUGCCUCCCAAAAUGUAUUUUCUUAUCUAGCUUUCAUGAAAUGGUACAAACAGCCAUAAGAGCGUCACUAACAAUCGUAUGUAGACUUACACCUAAACACAACUUCAUGCAUCUACUGUAAUGCCUUGCAAAGUUGCAUCCACCUAUCCAACAGCUUUGUUCUUGAUGAGAUGUGUGAUUUGGAUGAAGCUGUGAAUCAGAAGUGAAGUGUCAGUUAAUGUGAAGCAUGACCUUCUCCAUGCAUUUAAAUCUUCAAGGACCUUCUUAAUACCAAAUUACCCAAGUGUAUUCACUCUCUGGUUCCACAGCCAUCUCCUUUGCACUUUUACAUUUAACCAGAAGAGAUGCCCACUUUUAAUUUCAUUUGAAAUCAUGUGUAGAAAUAAGAUUCCUGCAGCAUAGUUUCCUAUAUGCAGAAUAACAGUUUGUAUCUGUAAAUGUGUUUAUAGAGAAUGUUACGUAGUUAAGGUUGAGUUUUUAGUCAGAAUGGCAAGUUAACUGGUUACGUGUUGUGUUUGGUUACAUAUUGGAAGUGCAAGGGAAUUUGGUGUGGUGCAGAACAGCUUUAAGAGUUCACAACAGUAAUUAAUGCAGGUGUCAAUCAAUAUGUGAUGUCAAGAUGAAUUUCCUGCUCUUGAGUUUCAGUUUACCAGAAGUGCUGUUUACUUACUCUAAGCCUGGGUAACGCCUCCCUAGUGUAGUUUUGCAAAUCACCUUUCUUAGGAAAAUUCCACAUAGUUACAGGCUUAUAAAUACUUGUGAGUUUUUGCCACUUCAGGAUUUCAGGAAAUUACUCAAAUUUUGCUGUUUGUGGAAACAUCCUUUGCUUGAGUGGCUGUGGAAUUGCAAUUAGGAUUGCAGGAAGGUGUAGCAGGAGCUGGUUCACUCAGUAAAAUGCACUUCUGUCCAGACCUCAAGCCAUACAUACAAACAGUAUCUAAUGCCCUACUUUUUGGUGGGAUGUAACAUGCAUAAAGCUUGUGCUGGUUCUCUGCAAGCAGAUUGUCAUCCUGUGAGAUCAGAUGCAUUUUCCCACCUGUAAAUGUUGUUUCUCUUGAACAAACUCAGCCCACAAUUAUAUUUCCUUCAGUUUUGUUGUUUGCUUCUGCCUGGGAUGCAUUACUGUUUAUAUCCUAACUCUGUAAUUAAUUCUUUCUUCAAUUAUUCUAAUGUAUUUUGUUUCACAAUAUACUUAUUCUGAAUUUAGUCUUGCUAUGCAUAAUUUAUUUAUUACUUGCAGUGUUAUAUAAAAUUUCCUCCUGAUUGCA